GUCAGUUGUUGUUUUCCUAUUUGUAUAUCGGUGUGUUUGCAUGAUACAAAAUUGAUGGUGUAGCCUAUUUUAAAAAAUGAAUAGGCCAACGGUAUUACCCCCUAGCAGUACUAAUGAUAAUGGAGGCGAUGAGUUGGAAAAUCAGUUCAUACUUAGAUUGCCAGCAAAUCUACCAGAAUGUGCAGAAAGUCUAAAGCAAACCCUGAGGACAGGUGUGAUGAAUCUGAAAGACCGUCUGAGUAUUAGGUUGGACAACGACAUGAGAAAAGGAUUGGUUCAGUUUGAUUCAUGGGUCAUGUCUGCCAAGGUUUUGGAUCUACCUUGUGUAAUGGAAUCUCAAAAAACUAUAGAUAACAAAACAUUUUAUAAAGCAGCUGAUGUUAGCCAGAUAUUGAUUUGCAAAGAAGGUGAACAACAGUCAAGUAGUGAAGAAGAAACACCUGUUAAACCAAAGAAAAAAGACCCCCACAAGGUUGAUAAAAAAUUCCUAUGGCCUCAUGGUAUAGCUCCACCAAUGAAGAAUGCAAGGAAAAGAAGAUUUAGGAAAACACUGAAAAAGAAAUACGUCGAAGCUCCAGAAAUUGAGAAAGAAGUUAGGCGUUUAUUGCGUGUUGACAAUGAAGCGGUUAGUGUACGGUGGGAGCUAAUCACGGAAGAAGAUGAAGCUAAAGUAAAGGCAGCUAACGAAGCUGGCUUAGGAGAGGGAGCGGCGAUGACGGUCCCUCUUGCAACGGGAACAUUCGUCAGUACUCAAAGUCGCGGAUUAGCUGAGCAUGAUAUUUUCGGUGAAGCGUUGAGUGACUCCGAUGAAGAACAUGGAAGUAAAAUAAAUAUCAUGGAGUCAGACUAUGAGAAUAGCGAUGAAUCCCGGGGUUCGGGGUCGGAGUUCUAUGCUGGAAGCAAUAGGGGGUCUAAUUCUAUGAUAACCCAGUUUAGUGGAGACAUGUUUCGUGAUGAUAGUAGUUCGUCUAAUCUUUCUCCUCAAAAGAAAGUGGUCGAUACCCAAAAAGACGAUUUGCAAAAAAUGGCUGACAAGCUAAGAGAAGAGAUCCGUGAAAUAAAAAAUUUGAGACAAGCUCAAGAAAAUGAGCUUGCUACUAUUGAGAACGCCGCUUUAAAACAAAGAUUCCAAAUGGCACUUUCAAAACUCGUAGCACAAGAACAAGAAAAAAAAGAAGAGUAUGACCAAGUCAUGUCUAUGCUAUGAUGAACACCUUUGGAGGAAAAUCGUGGUAACCCAGGCUUCAAGUUUGGGCAUGUCGAUGGAUUCAUCUAUUUUCAAGAUGUCUGCCGGUGGUACUAUGAUUCCUCUUUUAACAUCUUCCAUGACGGACUGUCGAAUGUCGUUAAGCUGUGCCGCCAAUACACGAGCACUAUUUUUUUCUUUG